AAUAACUUCAAUGUGUUCGGUGGCGCCGUCGGGGAAUUUAACAAAAUAACUAGAGAACCGAGUGAAUAAAUAAAUAAAUGUUACUAAAUUGUUGAAAGUUAUGUGCACAUGCAAUCGUUUAAGCAAAUGCGGGCCUGCAGAUACAUUUCGAAUAAUCAUAAACGUGUGCGUUACUGUCGAUGCAACAGCAGCAGCAAAUAAGUGGGAAAGAAUGAGAGCGCAAAGCAGAUGGCAAAGAGCGUCGCGCCGCAUUGGUGUUGGUUUGUGUGUGUGCUCAAGUGCGUGUGUGUGCAUAUAAAGUAGAAAGCGGCGGUAAAAACUUGUAAAAACCACACACAUAUUAUACAUAGAUAUAUUUAUAUAUAUACAUAUGUCUACAACAAAUACUAUAAGGUUUUCAUUUCCGACGAGAUCGAUUUUAUCGUCAAUUGGAAUUUAAAAUAAGUCGCACUUAUUGCACUCCAGAGAAUCUGCAAGUCAAAACAAAACAAACGUGAAACGUAGCCGAAAAACGCCUGCGAGUGUGCGUGUGAGUGUGUGAGUAAGAAAGAGGCAAAUCAAAAAAUAUAGUGCAUACGAAGAGCAAGCGCAAAACGCAAUCGAUGAAAUUCGUGAUAAUCACAAAAUUUGUACUAACAAAUGGUUGAAUAAUAUUUAAGCCAGGGCUUUACAAAAAUACAAUAUAUACAUAUGUUUAAAUGAUAUCUUUAAACAUAAAACUCGUCAUUAUCGAAAGGUUUUAUUCUUAAAACGAAUGCAAACAUAAUAAUUGGGCUAAAUUAUUAUUGCCGACACUUUUGCGCCUUUUGUAUUGUCGCCUUGAGAGCUCUCUUUCGCUCCAUCAGCUCAAUAUGAUGUUGUUAAUCAGCUGCAGCCAACCUAAACAGUUAUAAUAUAUCAAUUAACAGCCACUCUUAUUGACUACGUAAGACAUAAUACGUAGUAGUAACAGUAAACAAUAUUGCUGCAGACAAACAUGAGUCGUCUACAGAAGCAACAGCCACAACAACAACUCCAGCGCAAUCAGUGCGAAAUCGUUAGUAGCAGCAGCAAUAAAAACACGAAAAGCAGACGUAAACCUCCGCUGCCAGCAGCGCCGCCUCCGCGAGAGGAUAUUGAAAAAAUGAUGGAACACAUCAAUGGACACGCGACAACGAAUGGUAAUGGAAGUGGGAAAACGUCGACAAAGCGUCGGCGGCAAAGCGACGAUGAAUCGCAACAACGACAACGACAACAACAACAACAGCAGCAGCAGCACUUGACCAAUGGCAUCAGCAGCAGCAACAACAGCAAGCAUGUCAAGUUGACGGAAGCAUCGUCGACUGCCAUCUCGAGUUCCCCCAGCUCAGCGUCAAGCUCAUCGACUGGGCAACAACAACGUCACAACAAUAACAGCAAAACUGUUAACUACAAUAAUAACAACAAUAACAGCAAGAAGACCAACAACAAUGUGCGCCCAUAUCACAAUAACAACACGAAGAAGAAGCAAAGCUCUAAUACAAAUCCAGAAACAACAACAACAAAAAGCACAACUGUGGAAUACAGUUACCGCAAUAACAUAUCCACCAUACCAACACCCCCCUCGCCAGCCUCGCCAGCGUCACCGACAAAUGAACCAAUCGCAUCGCCGGAAGUCGUUUGCAUUUCGGAUGCGGACAGCGAGGAGGAGAACGAUGAAUGUGCCGAAUAUUAUGACCAAGAAACGGAGGAGGACAGCGACUUGGAGAUCCAUGAGUCAACAGCACCCGCCCCCGCCACAGUCACCGCCUCAGCUGCGAGCAGCAGCAGCAGCACUUUAAGGCAUCCCAAUAAUAAAAACAACAACAAUGCAGCGGCCGCAGCAGCCGCGGCAGCAGCAGCGGCGGCGGCAGCAGAGGCAGCAGCAGCUGCCAACAACACAUCACCAUCCACAUACACGUUUCCCACAAGCAACACCAAUCCACUGGAUCUCGAAAACGAGGCGCAUCAGCGGGAUUUAGAGAACGUGACGGACUUGCGUUCCUAUGUCAAACUGUACAGCGAUGAGCAAGUGAGCUUGAAUGAUUUUAAAAUAAUUCGCGUGCUUGGCACGGGCGCUUAUGGACGCGUGUUUUUGGUACGAAAGUUGACCAGGCACGAUGCUGGAAAAUUGUAUGCGAUGAAAGUGCUCAAUAAGAUCACCGUAGUGCAAAAGCGCAAAACGGCUGAGCAUACAAAAACGGAACGUGUGGUGCUGGAGGCUGUGCAGCGUAGUCCGUUCCUGGUCGGCUUGCAUUACGCAUUUCAGUCAUCGUCAAAGCUGUAUUUAGUGCUGGACUACGCCAGUGGUGGAGAGCUUUUUAUGCAUAUUUAUCAUGCCGAAUAUUUCGAGGAAGCUCGCGUUCGCGUCUACAUAGCCGAAGUAGUUUUGGCACUGGAGCAGUUGCAUCAGCUGGGCAUUAUCUAUCGCGACAUUAAGCUGGAGAACAUUCUGCUCGAUGCCGACGGUCACAUUGUGCUCUCCGACUUCGGUCUGUCCAAGAUACUCACGGCGGAGUACGACUAUCGUGCGCACAGCUUCUGUGGCACCUUGGAGUACAUGGCGCCGGAGAUUAUACGCACUGGGCCGCCAGGACACGACAGUGCCGUCGACUGGUGGUCGGUGGGAGUGCUGACGUUUGAGCUACUCACCGGUGCCUCACCAUUUGCCACCUCGGAUGGGCAAAGUCAACAAUCGGAGAUCUCGAGACGCAUACAAAAGGAGCAGCCGCUGAUCCCAUCAUCAUUCAGUCCUCAGGCACGCGACUUUGUCAUCAAGAUGCUCGAGAAGAAUCCCAAGCGUCGGCUGGGUGGCAAUCAUCGUGAUGCUAGCGAAAUUAAGGAUCAUCCAUUCUUUAACGGCAUCAAUUGGCAGGAGUUGCGCAGCAAACGUCGAAAGGCGCCGUACAAACCAACCCUUACUGCCGAGGACGAUGUUCAAAACUUUAGCAGCGAAUUCACAGAUCAGACGCCUGAGGAUCCCGAGUGUGAUGCGCCCCCUGCACGCAUCCAAUUGUUCCGUGGUUACACCUAUGUGGCGCCCGAGCAUUUGGAGCAAAUGCGUCGCGACAAUCAUUGUCAGAUCGAGUACUGCAAUCCGGAUCUGCAGAAUAUUCCCUGUCGACCCGAUGAUUUUACGCUUGGUUCUCGCCAUACGCGUGGUGCCAAUGGCACAUGUUAUUUUGUGAUUGACGUGGAGAUUGUGUUUAUGGCCAAGGUGAUACCGCUGUCCAAGUUCCGCAUCUCCGAGGUGGAUGCGCUCACCUCGUGUGCGUUGGACAAGCACGGUCAUGAGCGCAUAGUCAACUAUUAUGGCGCGUUCCGGGACAAGUGCGAGGUGUGGAUCAUCACAGAGUGUUUGUGUGGCGAGGAGUUGGCCGUCCAUUUGCAGGCAAAGAAGCUCGAUGAGGACGUGUGCCGCGAGAUCUUUGUGCAACUGGUCGAAGCGAUACAGUAUGUGCACUCCAAGCAUUUCAUUCACGGAGACCUCAAGCCCGAGAACAUUAUGUUUGUAAGUCGCGAUCGCAUGGACGUUAGGCUGGUCGACUUUGGCAACGCAUGCUACAACAGCAAGUUCCAGAGCUGGCGCGACAAGCCGCGCUACACUUUGGACUAUGCGCCGCCAGAGCUGCUCAAGGAUCCCAAUGUGGUCACCUAUUCGCCGGCCGUGGACAUUUAUGGCCUGGGUGCCACGCUCUACAUGAUGCUGGUGGGUCAUGCGCCAUAUCGCAUGUACCGCGGCGACAAUGAUCACAAUCCCGAGGCACAUCACAAGCUGCGCAAGCGCAUGGAGAAGGAGACCUUCAAUCAGACCUCGCAUCGUUGGCUCAACGCAAGUCCGCAGUUCAAGCAAUUGGUCAGCUGGUGCCUGCAGAAGGAUCCAGCGAAUAGGCCGCAGUUGAGCGACAUACUCGACAGCGAGUGGAUGCAACAACAGCAGCCGACCAGCGAUCCCGAUGUGGACAUUGUGCCACUGCCCGAGCAAGUGGUUGUCGAUCUCAGCGAGGACACCAUGGAGCAGCCCGCAAUCGAGUUGCCAGCCAAGUUAGUCACCGCGACAGACGAACAACAACUGCCACAUCACCACGAGGAUGAUGAUUUGGUUGUGCAGGAGGUGUUUGAUCCCGAUUUUGCGGAACUCACCGAUUGCCUGGGCUUCGAUGAGAAUGCGCCACCAUUGCGACUGCCUGACGAGUACUACGUAGAACUGCCGCCGCCACCUCAGCCGCAGUUUGAAGGCGAGGCAUUUGUCGCCGAGCCGCCAACGCAAAUGUUGCCACCAGCAACUGUGCCGCCGCUGCGCAUUGACGGGGAGCAACGUCCACGGACGCGACAACAACGUCGCACCGAACUGCGUCAAACGGCGGGCACGCCGCCAGAGCCAGAGGACACCAAGGCCGGGCUGUAUCUGCUGAUGCAACAGCUGGCACCGACGGUGGAGGCGGAACUGCAGCAGCAUCGACAACCGAGGAGAGCCAAGUCACCGAGGAGAGCCAAGUCACCGCGGCCGCUGGAUGAUCUGCAGGGCUUCAAAAAGGUGAAGGGCAACCUGCGCAAGACGCGCGCCAGCUGGCGGCACUUUUGUCUACUGCUCAAUGGUGUGCAACAGGUGCUGAAGCAGCGUUUCAAGAAGCAACGACGCGUCUACUGUGCGCCCACCAUCAAAACCGAACUCCUGGACGAGGCCUACGAGAAGCCACUGAUAUUUCCACGACCACGACCGCCGGCCAAGCGCAAGGCGAAGCAGCCGAAAGUGGCAAGGGCGCCAACACGUGUCCAGCCGGAAAGAGCGCGUGCGCUGCGACAGCGUUAUGUAUUUGACUGACGACUGC